CUUUGCCUCUUGUCCGGGAACGACCGUUGUAAUCAGGCUAACUAGUGCCGUGAUCUCUCUUCAGUCGCGCAAACUCUUUUAACGCCACGGCACGGUCAGGCCGACUGCUUUCGAACAGACAAAGCCAGACGAUUGUGUGCGACAUGGAAUACUCUCUGUCGUCACGAUUGUGACGUCGACCAAUCACCAUCGCUCCUGCCGUCUUGGACGUGAGCUACAGGAUUUAGUACCGACAGCCUAAUCAAUAUCCGCCACAGAACGCAGCUACCGUCGCGUACAUCCGAACACGUGAGCUCCACGGAUGGCUGGCAGGGCUAGCAAACCGUUGCCCUGCUCGUAGUGGACGCGAGUAUAACACCCAGCCGUGCGGUCCUGCACAACUAGAAACACGCGACUCGAUCUCAACUCCAUUGUUGCGAAUCCUCCCCUGCGUCGAGGCCCAACUAUAAUGGUUUCCCACAAUUCCGACGAAUUUGUCCGCGCGGAUGAGAAGAAGGGCUCUGUUGGAAACCCAGAUGACGGUGUUCAAGUUCCAAUUUACAACGACGUGGAGGCAGCGUCGUCUGAGGACCUGUCCAUCGGUGCAAUCCUUCGUGGCACGGCAACGAAGCCCAUGAACACCUUCGAGAAGAAAGCUGCACUCAUCAACGUUGAGAUCGACAAAUUCGGGUUGGGCAGAUAUCAGCUAUGUAUCUGGUUCCUCUGCGGUUUCGGUUACUUCUUAGAUCUGGCUUGGGCGCAGGGUGUUGGUCUUGUCUCUUCGGCUAUCUACCAGGAGAUGAAUGUACCAGACAACGAAACUGGACUUAUCUUCACCUGUGCCAAUGCUGGUCUUGCGAUUGGUGCGCUUGGUUUUGGCCUCGCGGUCGAUAUCAUUGGUAGGAAGUGGGCGUUCAAUCUGACCUGCUUGAUCACCUCGAUUUUUGGAUUGCUUCUGGCUGCUCCCAAGUACAACUACGGUGCCAUUUGCGGGAUCUACUUUCUGGCAUCCCUCGGUCUGGGUGGUAACAUCCCCAUCGAUGCCACCAUCGCUCUCGAGUUCCUGCCGCAGAAGCGCCGCUACUUUGUCGCUCUCCUCUCUAUGUGGCAGCCGAUCGGUGUCGUUUUUGCAUCCGCCGUCGCUCUCGGCACUACUGCCAAAUGGCGUUGCGAGCCCACUUUGGAAUCCUGCAAGGCUGUUACGUCUAGAGAACCAUGCUGCUCAUCGGGCAGCAACAUGGGAUGGCGCUACAACAUCGUCAUUCUUGGUGUCGUAACACUCAUCAUCUUCUUUCUCCGAUACUUUGUCUUCGCCUUCCACGAGUCGCCCAAGUUCUUGCUCAGCAGAGGCAGAGAGGCUGAAGCUAUCGAGGUCCUGCACAAGAUCGCCAAAUUCAACAAGGCGCCGGCACCCACGCUGACUCUUAAGCACUUCGCCGCCAUCGAUGCCAUUGACGGUGUUGCUCCUGAGGGAAAGGCCACCAACCUGUCUCGAAGGGAGAAAAAUAAGCAAGUCUUCAAGAACGCUGGCAGAGAAGUGACACGCUUGAAGGGCAUUUUCACUAAUAAGCUUUCCUGCUUCAUCUUCAUCCUUCUGGGUGUUGCCUACAUGGGAGACUACUGGUCUUUCAACUUGGCGGGUACCUUUUUGCCUCUCAUCUUGCUGCGAAACAACGUAAACGAUGGCCGCGGAUCUGUUGUCGAUACAUACCAACAGUACUUGAUCAUCUACUCGCCUGGUAUCAUCGGUGCCGCGCUUGCUCUGUUCUCUGUUCAGUUGCCCCUGCUGGGCAGGAAAUGGUCGUUGGUUUUCUCUGCUGUUUGCCAGGGUCUUUCCAUGGCCAUGUACACGCAGGUUAAGAACACUGCUGGUUACGUUGGUCUGAACGCACUCGAGUACAUCAUGCAGACUUACUUCAAUGCUGUGCUUUACGCCUCCGCUCCUGAGCUCUUUGACACUGAAUACCGCGGCAGUGUCAGUGGUAUGUUGUCUUGCUUGGGUCGAAUCGCUGGUAUCGUCGCACCUUACGCGGGUGCCCAGCUGCUUCAGAAUCAGAGCUCCGGUAUCCUCUGGCUUGGUGCUGGUGGUAUCUGGCUCUCGGCUUUGACGAUGGUGUUCCUGCCCGUCGAGAUGAGGAAUAGGCAGAUGUUUUAAACGCAUUUGCAACCUGCACAUGCUCAACUGACUCUUUCUUAUAGUAUGCUUGGAGCAGUGACUUAGCAUGACCAUGAUACCCAUAAUUCUCGUGAAAAUAAUAGUGCAUUCUUGGAAUUGUACAGCUUUCCACAACUGACGUGGAGUACGCACAAACAAGCGCCGAUGCCACUGGCUCGCAUUUGCCGUUGGCAGAAUAGCUAAGAAACCCCAAUGGCGAAGCUGCAAAUUGUUG